AUGAAACAAGAAGAUCUGUACCGAAACAAGGUGAUCUUAGCACCGAUGGUGAGGGUGUGUGCUCUGCCCAUGAGACUGUUGGCCUUGGAUUACGGGGCAGAUUUAGUUUACAGUGAGGAGCAGAUUGACAGAAAGAUCUUGCUGUGUCAGAAAAAGGAGAACCAGGUCCUUCAUACAACAGACUUCAUGCUAUCUGAUGGGACCGUUGUUUUCCGAACUUGCCCAGCGGAGAAAGGCAAACUUAUUUUGCAGAUUGGUACCUGCGAUGGAAAAAGAGCUCUAGCAGCAGCAAGAAAGCUGCAGGAUUACAUUGCAGGUGUUGAUGUCAAUAUGGGCUGUCCGAAGGAGUUUUCUGUGAAGGGAGGUAUGGGAGCAGCAUUAUUGACACAGCCUGAGAAGGUUAAACAAAUUUUGUCAACCCUGGUCAGUGAGCUGAAUGUUCCAGUGUCAUGCAAGAUACGAGUUCUUCCUAAGCUGGAGGACACCAUCAAACUAGCCCAGCUGAUUGAGUCCACUGGAGUGUCUGCCCUGGCUGUGCAUGGGAGAACCAAAGAUGAGAGGUCUAGAGACCCCAACAGGGAUGACUAUAUCCAGGCAGUUGCUGCAGCUGUCAGCAUCCCUGUCAUAGCAAAUGGUGGCUCCAAGAACAUCAACAGUUUGACAGACUUGGAGAAUUUCAAGAACACCACCGGUGCCAGUUCUGUGAUGUUAGCACGAGCAGCCAUGUGGAACUGUUCUGUCUUCAGAAAACAGGGACCUUUACCAGUUUUAGGGGUCCUUAAGAGUUACCUUAAAUAUGCAUUCCAGUAUGACAACAAUGAGAUGAACACCAAGUACUGUGUCCUACAGAUGUUGCAUGACAGAAUGACGGAAGUCCCACAAGCUGACAGAUGCCUGACUGCCAAAUCCUUGAAAGAUUUUGCGGACAUCUGGGAUAUGAAAGCAGAAUAUGAAAGUGUGAUGGAACAGCGAUAUGCACGAGAGAAGGAGCUUCUGGCACAACAGGGAGGUGCAUGUAAUGGCGUGAAGAGGAGAAAGAUGGACGAUGGAUCUGUUCUUAUUGAACUCCCUGUCAGAUUUGACAAACGUCAUUAUCCCGCCACCAUGACACCCAAGCAGAUUCUCAACAACUGGAGCAAAAGGAAUGGCUAUAGCAAACCAGAGUACACCACCACAGAGCGAGCUGGUGAUAGAUAUUACACAAGUAUCGUGUUGUUUGAAGGAAAGCUCUACACUAACCCAUUCUGGGAGAAAUCUAAACAGCUGGCAGAACAGAGUGCUGCCGUGUCCUGCUUGGUGGCCAACGAACAAGAUGAUGGACGUUUGAUAGAUCCACCACAUGAAACAGAAGAGCUGCGAAGAAAAUGGCGACAUAUCAUUAACUCUUCGGAGAAUGGGGAAGAUAAAGCAGAUUCGUCAGUUACCAAUAGUCACACUGAGAUUAGUAAUAGUUCACAGCCGAAUGGGGAAGGUAAAACACAUUCGUCAAUUACCAACAAUCAUACUGAGAUUAGUGAUAGUUCACAGCCGAAUGGUGAAGAUGAUUCAUUAGUUUUAAACACCCAAACUGAAAAACAGAUAAUUCACAGCCAAGACUGGACAUCGACAACUGAUCCUGCAGGAAAAUAA